GGGGGAUGGUGUCGUGUAGCAAAAGGCAGACCACUGUUCAGUAUCAAGAGGCCAUAUGACCUCAGCACAGCUUCUUACCAAGGCUUAGCAAGCAGUCUUAGCCACAAAGUGGACACAAUAGCCUCCACAGUGCAAACACUGCAUACAGACUCUGAAUUAAUGGAGGAAGGACCUUACAAGUACAUCAGGGAUGGGAAUGGCAAGGUUAGUCGGGUCAUCAGGAUUGGAACCCGCAAAAGCCAGUUGGCUCGUAUCCAGACUGACAGUGUGGCAGACACGCUGAAAGAGCUAUACCCCGACAUCCACUUGGAAAUAGUUGGCAUGACAACCACUGGAGACAAAAUCCUUGACACUGCUUUAUCAAAGAUUGGAGAGAAGAGUUUGUUCACCAAAGAGCUGGAAAAUGCUCUGGAGAGGAAUGAGGUUGAUCUGGUGGUUCACUCACUCAAAGACCUUCCCACCUCUCUGCCUCCAGGGUUCACCAUCGGAGCUGUGUUAAAGAGAGAAAAUCCCCACGAUGCAGUGGUUCUGCAUCCAAAACAUGCAGGGAAAUCUCUGGACACUCUGCCAGAGAGCAGUGCGAUCGGCACCAGCUCACUGCGGCGCGCUGCUCAGCUAAAGAAGAGAUUCCCUCACCUUGUCUUCAAAGAUAUCCGUGGAAACUUGAACACACGUCUGAAGAAGCUGGAUGAGAAGGAGGACUUUGCUGCCAUCAUCCUGGCUGCCGCUGGCCUCAGGAGAAUGGGCUGGGAGAACCGGAUCAGCCAGAUCCUGGAGCCUGAAGAUUGCAUGUAUGCUGUUGGACAGGGGGCGCUGGCCGUGGAGGUUCGGGCCAGAGAUGUAGACAUCCUGGAGAUGGUGUCUGUGCUCCAUGACUCUGACACCGUGCUGCGCUGCAUAGCUGAGAGAGCCUUCCUCAGACGCCUGGAGGGAGGGUGCAGCGUUCCUGUCGCUGUCCACACUGAAGUCAAAGACUCACAGCUCUACCUGACGGGGGCGGUGUACAGCCUGGACGGCUCAGACAGUCUGAAGGAAACCAUGCAGACCAGCGUGGCUGCUGCUGCUGCUGCUGCUGCUGCUGCUGACGACAAGAGCUCGGAGGAGGUUGAUGAGUGCGUGCAGCGAGUGGGAGUGACGGCCACCAAGCUCUCGGGUGAAGCCCAGGACAGAGCGGAGCGGCUGGGGGUCGACUUGGCCAACUUACUGCUGAGCAAAGGAGCCAAGGAGAUCCUGACUGUGGCCCGGCAGCUCAACGACGCCAGAUAAUCCCGCUCUGCUGAGGGGGCGGGGCCACAGAGGUGACCAUCGUCCAGUCAGUCACAGCUCUGUGUCAAGUACACACAUUUUUUUUCUUUCUCUUUUUGACGUGCCACAGGGUGCUGAGUCUGUCUUGUGCACCAGGUGAGCUCGACCAACAGCAGUGUGUGAUGUUGUCGUAGCAGGGUUGUGCUCAGACUGGACUGUUCUGCUGAGUCACUGUAAGGUGAAGCACUCACUGUUGGUUCCAGUGUGAUUUUACACAGGAAUCGUCUCCUGAGCCACAUACAAACCACUUCACUGUGCCUAACAGUAAAAAUAUAAUAAAAGCACUUAACGCACCAUCACUGGCUGAUAUCCUCAGUGCUAAACCCUUUAACCCUUUAAGUGUAUCAAUAACUUUAAAGGUGUCAAGCAACACCAUUGUUAGUCACUGUUUUAUGGUCAGCUGUCAGAUUAACGUCUCACUGUCGCUCUUUUGAUUUUCAACUGUUGGACUGAUCACCUGAGUUUACUACAGUUUAAAAUCUCCUCCUUCAAUAUCACAUCAGUAUUUAAGUGAAUAAAUAUAAAUAAAUGAGCCGACACACGGAGACACUGAUCAGGAUGAUGACAGUUUAAAGUCAAUUGAAGUAGACAGAGGUUAGUGUGUGGUUACCAUGGAAACUGGAAGCAAACAUUUGACUGAACUCUUACUCUGAGGCUCCGACUAUAUCUACUCAGAGACUGGUGUGUAAUUUGUCUCUGUCGAGUCACUUAGUAAGUCGAUAGUUAGUGAUUUUGAAAUGUUUACUUUAAGAAAAAAAAAACAAUGCCCAGUGUUGCUUUAAAUAUAACAUUUGAAAAAUAGAAUAUUAUCCACCAGUGACGUUUCGUCGAUGUCCAGUUUUGGCUUUUCCAAAAUUCUCUCUUAGCUUUUAGCUGCUUUAUCAUUUAUUAUAAAAUUAAAUUAAAAAAGGCUAAAUUGUGAUGUAACCAAAGAUGAGUUUGGCCUGUUUUCUGGUUUAAUACCAGCAAUUAUUCUCAUUCAUGUGUGUGCGUUGUGAAAUGUAAAUAUAAUUCAUUCAUUCAUUCAUUCAUUCAGACUUCAUGUCAACAUGUUGUUGAUGCUGUUUGACCACAGGAGUUUCGUCACAGUGUCCUCUUACAACAAACCUGCUCUUUAUUGUGCUCAUGUUGAGUGUAAAGUUUUCAGCAUGUUUUAAGAGCCAGUGGCUUCUUCUACACACAGAGUUAGUUUAAUCCUCAUAACAAUAAGCUGUAAGGGAGCGAGUCACAGAUGCUAGUGACGGAUGUUCACCGUCACUCCAUGACUGAUCUCAUUUUACUUGCCUCUGAUAUUAAAGCUGCUGUCAGUGAUGUUA